AUGUUGGAGCUGGCAGACUUGCCCCUGCAGAAGGGCUCUGUGGAGCUCCUCAAGCAGAGAUGGGAGUCCACCAAUGCUGCAAGACCUGGCUCCAUGCUCCCAUGCUCGCCAGCCCCACGGUUCCUGGUGCCGGAGAAGAUCAGCUGCAGCAGCACUGUGAAGAAAGUGCCGGCAGACAGCAGGAGGGUGGAUGUGUUCAAGGAGGAGACCCUAGGUGGCCCUCAGCAGAUCAAGCACUUCCCCGUCACUGUGGAGGAGCUGCGGAGCCACUUUGAGGCCCUGGGUGGCAAGAAGGAAACAGAAAGUGAGAGAAGUUCACUUUCAUCUACAUUGAAGAGGCAGCCUGGGAGCCAUUCUGUCAUUCCUCUGACAGAGUCUAGUGUGAAAAGAGGGAAAGCAAUCUUUGAAAAGAUGUCAUCAGAAAAUGGCCAUAGCAACAUCUCUGAAGUGGGUUCUCGCAAACCUGUAAGAGGACUACCUAAAGAGAGCACUCCUAGGGCUGAUAACACACCGCUGGAUUUCCGGGAGACUGUCUCCUUAAAAGAAAGAAUGGCUAUGUACAAGGCUGCUGUGUCUGAGAUAGAGGGUAGCAACUCCUUUCCUCACACUUCAGAGAAAACCAAGUUCUGUACUGUGCCUGGUGGCCUGGCAGCAGUGAGGAAACAAUUUGAGAUAGUGCAGAUGACCUCUUCACAAAAGACCUUUGCUCAGUACCAGCACCAGCACAAAUUUGUACAGGAAAUGUCAUGUAGCAAUCAGCUCACAGUAUCAAGCAGCACCAGAGAAGCUGAAUGCAAUGAAAUGACCUCCAAAGAAAGUCAAAUGGAAGCCUCUCAAACACAAGAGGUUUCUCAUCACGAGCAAGUUACUCAUGAGAUAAAAAUGGCUUCUACAUUCACUCAGCACAGGGAUGAAACAGUAAUCAAUGCAGCUCAGAAUGAAGAGCUACCAAAAACUGUAAUGCAGAUUUUAAAACAGCAGAUUGAAAGGACACCUCAGGAAAAGGCUCUUCACUCUGACAGAGAUACCGCAACACCUGCAAAAGAAGUAAAGAAACUGCAGAUUCAGGAAAAUGAAACGUGCAGACUCUGUCAACAGAGAGUUUACCCAAUGGAAUGCCUAGUUGCCGACAAACAGAAUUUUCAUAAAUCAUGUUUCCGAUGUCACCACUGUGGCAGUCAAUUAAGCUUGGGAAAUUAUGCAUCUCUCCAUGGAAAAAUAUAUUGUAAACCCCAUUUUAAGCAACUUUUCAAAUCAAAAGGAAAUUAUGAUGAAGGUUUUGGACACAAACAGCAUAAAGAAUUAUGGAAUUCUAAAGAUCAAGGUAGCUCAGUUAGCAGUAUCCAUGCUGAAGAAACAAACCCCAUUAGUAGUAUACCUGUUGAUCCUAAACCAAUUACAGAAAUUGAUCAAGACUUGUACCCAGGUACUGAAGGUAUUCAUCCUGAUAUUUUGGAUAACAAUUUGAAAAAAUCCACAGAAAGAGGUAAAUUAAAGAUGACAUGGCCUCCUUCAACAGAUGAUGCAACACCUAAGAAAACAUUUUCUAUUGAAGAAAUGGCUAAAGUAAAUAAGCCAAAGUGGCCCCCAGAAGGUUUUGCUCAAGACGAUUCUAGUUUACAUACAAAUAAAUCUCUGGGCAAUAAAAAGGAUUCUCAGAAAAAAAAUGUUGUGAGAGAGCAAAAUAAAAAUGACACUGCAAAUGCACAACAAAAUCAGCACUCAUGCUUUAGCUCUCUGUCUGAAAAAGAAGCUACAAAUAUCUGUAAAGCAAAGAAAAAUGAAGCAGGCAAUAAAGGAAAAGAUGAGGAAGCUGGGAACGUGCAAGAUAAGCUGAAUAAAACAGAAGGGUCACAAAACAAGGAGGAAAGCAGAAAGGAUACUAAUGAAGGCGAUAAUGUGAUCAUGCAUAGUGCUGGGAAGGAGCGAGAGAAAAAAAUUAAUGAAACUGAUGAUUCAGAAGUUGUACAGGUUACUAACAUUGAUGAUGUAACAGCGCAAAAGAAUCACAAAGAAUUCAGCUUGAAUAACAAUAACAGUAACAAUUAUGCCACUUUUUCACAUCUAAACAUUUGUAGGCAGGAAAAAACUCUCUCAACUACAUCUAAGCCAAUGACAGCAUUAAGCCAUGCAAUUUGCACUGUAUCACAGGAUGCCUUUGCAAAGCUGGAAAAUGGGUGUAGAAAUGAAGAUAUUGGAGAUGUAUGA